AUGAAAUUAACAAUCGCUACAUAUUCAGAAAAAUCACAAAAGUUUCCUACAAUUAUAGAAAUCUCUGGAAAUGCCACCGUUGGCCAAUUGAAAACAAUCAUAUAUGAAAAGUAUAAUAUCUACUAUCCAGAAAGACAACACUUGACUUUUUCUAAACAACCUUUAUCCGAAGAAAAAACCUUAAAGGAAUAUGGUAUCAAAGAGGAUGACACAAUCUUUUUCAAGGAUUUGGGUCCUCAAAUGUGUUGGCGAUCAGUGUUCGUGAUAGAAUAUUUGGGCCCGUUAAUCAUUCAUCCAAUCUUUUAUAAUUUUGAUUCAAUAAUUUAUGGUCAAAACUUUAAACAUAGUGAAAUGCAAACGUUUGGGUAUUACAUGAUCCUAGGACAUUUUAUUAAAAGAGAAUUGGAAACUUUUGGAUUUAAUCUAGCUUACUGGGUAUAUGGACCUUGGAAUGCUGAUGGUACCAAAACUGCCGAACGUGACGAUAAAUUGUAA